AUGCCAGCAGCGAUUCCAACACUUGUAUUAACCCUGUACAUCAUAUUCUCGAUUCUCCGCGCAGCUUACAAUGUUACUCUGCACUCACUCGCCAAAUUCUGCGGACCAAGGCUUCGUGCUGCCUUUUAUUUUCCAGACUUGUUGAGUUUGGCGCGUGGUACGGCUGUUGAAGAGAUAAAGAAUCUCCACGACAGAUACGGAGAUAUUGUACGGAUUACUCCAGAAGCACUAUCUUUUGACACAGCACAGUCAUGGCGCGAUAUUUACGGUCCGCAUGAGGGUCGGCGUGAAAUUAGACGUGAUGAAAAAUGGCAUCUUGAUCAUGCUGGCAAGAGCAAUAUCAUAGUAGCGAAUGCCACAGAUCAUUCUCGCAUGCGGCGCACUUUAGCGCACGCAUUCUCUGAUGUGGCGCUGCGUGAGCAAGAAUCACUAAUGACAACAUACUUUGAACAGCUCAUCGCAAAACUCCAGGAGAAAAUAGAUGGGUCAGCUGCUGGCUAUGUAGAUCUACGUGAUUGGUAUAACUUUGUUACAUUUGACAUUGCCGGAGACUUGUGCUUAGGAGAGGCAUUUGGAACAUUGAAAUCUGGUAGCUAUCAUUAUUGGAUAGAACAGAUUCGCGUGGGAUUGAAGUUCGUGAUUGUGAUAAAAUCUGCGCAGGCAUAUCCACUAUUUCGAAUCAUUUUGGCUCUACUGAUUAAUCUAGUUCCAGGCGUUAAAAAACAAAAGCAAGUGCAUAUGGCCUAUACAAUUAACAAGCUUGAAGCGAGAUUAAGGAAGAACACAGAUCGGAAGGACUUCAUCAGCUAUAUAUUUCGCAACAACAAAAAUGGUAUGAAUCGCGAUGAGAUAGAGGGGACAGCAACAGUUAUGAUCAUGGCUGGUUCUGAAACCACAGCAUCAGCUUUGUGUGGCGCUACAUACUACAUGUUGAAGCACCCGAAAGUGCUUUCGGCAGCGACAUCCGAAGUCCGCAAAAAAUUCAACACUGUCAAUGAUAUUAACAUGGUAUCUGUGAGAGACCUCCCAUAUGUAAACACGAUCAUCGAAGAAGCCUUACGGAUGUACCCCCCAACACCAUCUACGCUCCCUCGUCGUACGCGCUCGGAAGGAGAAAUUAUAAACGGCACUUACAUACCAGGUAACAUAUCUGUUGGUGUGAAUCAUUGGGCAGCACAUCAUGCGGCACAAAACUUCGCCGAUCCAGAUACAUUCGAUCCAGCUCGAUGGAGUACGCCUCCUCCAGAUAAAUAUAAACAUGAUGACAAAGCUGCGUUUCAACCUUUCUCCACCGGACCAAGAAACUGUCUUGGGAAGAAUCUAGCUUGUUUUGAAAUGCGAUCAAUUCUUGCACGGAUGUUGUGGAAUUUUGAUAUAGAGCUUUGCAAGGAGAGUAGGCAGUGGGCAAGGAAACAGAAAACGUAUAUCCUAUGGGAUAAACCAUCACUAAAGGUCAAGUUGCUACAUAGGGGUACAUAA